CUAAGUUCUGGGCUGAAUUAGGAGGGAAGAAGGAGUACCAGACAUCAGAGAGGCUGGAGAGUCCGUCUAUGACUCAUCCUCCUCGACUCUUUGGAUGUUCCAACAAGACUGGCAGGUUCACAAUUGAAGAGGUUCCAGGAGAUUUCACACAGGAUGACUUAGCUGAAGAUGACGUGAUGCUGCUGGAUGUCUGGGACCAGGUGUUUGUCUGGAUUGGAAAGGAUGCAAACGAGGUGGAGAGAGCUGAAUCUCUCAAAUCUGCCAAACAGUACAUUGAGACUGACCCAGGGGGGCGUGACAAGCUGACUCCUGUGGUGGUGGUGAAACAAGGCCAUGAACCUCCCAACUUCACAGGCUGGUUCCUGGCCUGGGACCCUUCCUACUGGGACUCUAUCACCAGGAGCGUGAAGUCUCUGAAUGUUUAAAACAUUCACAUGAUAAAUCACCAGAACACAGAAAUAUUAUCAUCUUUAUAAUCAGCACAAUUUAAAUAUAUAUCUACAUGUGUACUGUCAGUGGUAGAUUUCUUCCCUAAAGUUUGAAUACAACAAGCCUCUAAACUUUAGAGGCUUGUUGUAUUCAAAGCAGUCUGUAUUAAAAUCCUUUAAUGGGAACAGUCCUGUAUUCACUGCGCGAUAAGCUGCUUUCUCAUACCAGCUGAAACAACUCAGCUUGCUUUGAUAGUAAUCAGUAAUUAAAGGUUUUUAUGGCGUGCAUAAUGUUACGAGUGUUUAUGAAGUCUUGGCCAGCUGAGGGUUUCAAAUGAAGCGAUACUAGCUCUGCUCAUCCCUGUUAGUACUCUUAUUGCAGCAUAUUGGAUUAACUGAAGGCUACUGUGUCAUCUUCUAGUUCAGCAGUCCAGGGCAUUAUUCUCUGGAAGGAUGUUCCUGAUUUUGACAAUAUUGUGCAGCUGAAAUAAAGCAUGUAAACUUCAGAGCUAUAUAAUAAAAGUAGAUAAUCAAAUGUUGGAA